UGCAGUCGUUCGUUCGCGCAGUGCCGAGUGCGUUGUGUUAGUCGAGCCGUGGGCCGCGUCGCGGUAACAUAGUGUUGCACUGACAGUCCAUCGUUCGUGUCAGAUAACUCGUGUGCAUUACACAGUAAACAAUCACCCAAUAAACUAACCAAAUACUCCGUCAUCUCCACUACAAGACGCGGUCAAAUUUCCCUCAAAAAAUUUAUUGAUUAAUCCAUCCAUUUGCAGUGUGAAAAUAUCAAUUCUUAAUGUUCUUUAACGGACUUAUGACUCUCGGACUUUGUGACAGUGAUUUGAAACGCUCGGAUUAAGUAGUGAAGUACUGUUUAACGAAGUGACUCAGUGUAAAUCAGUGGAAAAAAAAGUUUUCGCAAAAAUAUUCAACCGCGCACGCGUUGUCCCGCGUCCGCGUGGUACACCAGAGUGUAACGUACGCGCGGGUUUGUGAGAAUUUCAGGGUCGAGUGGCUCGCGGGCCGGCGACGAGGUUGGAUUCCUCGGUAAAAGUACUUGACUAAAAAAUAGUUAACGAUAAAAGUGACGAGAGGAAUGAAACAUUAAAAGCCGGGGUAAAUUAAAAAUCACGUAAAAAAGGAUCAAUUGGGGGGUUCGGGUGAAUCUUUCGAUUGUGACUCGAUGAGAUAAAAAUCUGGUUUACCGGCGACUGCUUUCCUCUCGAAAGAGGUAUACAAGGGAGUGAGAGGGAAGAACCUGAGACGGGGAAAAGAAUAAAGAGGGCAGAGCGGUGCAUAACCCGCCCGCGCGUUUCGUGAAAAAAAAAAGUUUAAAAAAAAGGCACGUGAGAGGAGGUAGAACUCUGUCCAGGACUUGAAGAGGGAGAUAGUGUGUUGAAGUGAGACGAGGGGAGCAACGAGGCCUCCAAGGUCGCCUGGAUCCGUACAAGAGCUCUCGGUGAUUUCUUUUUUUCCUUUUUUUUCACCGUUUUUCUCGGUGUAUCCUUCCCUCUUUCCUUUUCAAUCUGCUUGCCCUCCCCCGCUGGCAUCGAAAGGAAAGAGAAUCCGGGGCUUUGGGACAACUGUCUUCCGCCCAUCGAAUCUUCCAACGUGAAAUCCAUUGGGUAGAUUUUUCACUGUUAAUAGUCUCCAUUUUUCACGGAAUUUCUAAUUCUGCCGGGUUAACGUGGCAAUUUUGUGAUAAUUGUGAUCGUAGUGAUGGUUUUCACCAUUGUGUCGUGUGUUUAAUGUGUACAAGUGAUAUUCGAAGGGAUAUAAAAGUCGAAGGAUUUCGUAAAAACGUCUACCCUCGGGGGAUAUUUUAUUUGUGCCCCCCUUUCCUUAGUCCGCACUGAAAUCUUCCCCGAGAUCGAGGAGAAAGAUAUCGUUAUCGGGAGUGUAACUGGCUAAAAGGGAGAAAGAGCAAAUAGAGGAAUAAGUGAGUAAAAAUUUUCUCGGGAGAUCAAUAUUUGAGGCACUUAAUAGAGAUAUUUGAGAUGACGCGUCUCGUGGAUUUUGGACUCGGUGAUCAGUGAGUUAGUGAUUUUGACUGGAUAUUUGAAUUGAAAUUCGAUUGAACAAAGAUGACAAUUGCUAGUAAUAUCGUUGUCGAGUGGCUUCGAUCGCUCCACCUCGGCCAAUACUCGGAAUCAUUCAUCGAUAAUGGAUACGAUGAUUUGGAGAUAUGCAAGCAAAUUGGGGACCCUGAUUUGGAUGCUAUCGGUGUGUUCAAUCAGAAUCAUCGGGCCCGAUUACUCCAGUCUGUCAAGACCCUCAGGGAGGAAGGGGCUGCCAGUGUUUACUUUACCCUCGAGGAGACAAAUGACUGUUUGUGUGAUAAUGUUAGUUCAAAAUCAUCGAGAACAUCGUCGGAGAGGCCACCGAGUGAUAAGGAGGCGCAGAGAGCAUCACCAACAGCUAGCUCCUCCAGUGGAGGUCAGGAAUUGACCAAAUUUGCUGAUGAGUACGAGGAGGGGAAAGCUGAACUCGUCAGAAUACCCAGGAUGCAGCUCAAAAUGCUGCUGCAGGAGAAACUUCGACAUGAUGGCAUCCGGCUCGCCUGUCAACCGUAUACAACACCGGAGGGUGAACAGGGAUACUUGGAGGGACUAGCGUCAAGGUACGCAGACCUCUUCAGAACGCAUUACGGUGAUGUCCUGGAACCCCUCGAGGAGCUCCGACGCCGUGAAACAAAUGCCUCACCAAGAAUACCUAACACUCAGCUCACAACCAGUCAUUCGCAACCCAUUUACGUGCCCGGAAAAUACUCGCCUUCAAGCUGCUUGAGUGACAAGGAAGAGGAUGAGAUAUAUGGCUUCGGAUACGGUGUCUUCGGCCGGCAGAUGCUGCAGCAGAGACAGCAGAAACUCGCCCUUGCCACUCAAAAUCCCGCCAUCGGUCUUACCGGACACCAUCAAACAUACCAAAGUUGCCUGAGCCCGAGAUCAGCGUUCUUCUACGAGUUUCCUCCUAACGAGCAAGGGCAGAAUACGAGUAAAAAGAAAACUACGUUUUCACGACUGUUGAGAGGAUUGAAGACUCAUAGGAAGGAGAAACAGGGCCAGACGCAGGGAUCACCAAGGCAUGGACGUGCGAGGAUGGGAGUUCCCCAGAGGGUGGACACUCCUGACAGUGUACUACAGAGUGGCCUGGGGCUUGGUUCUGACAUGGGACACACCAUCCUCAGGUCCAUGGUGGAUCCCCGGGAUUACGACAGACUCAAGUAUUUCCAGAUGAAUGGGGGACAAGCCAACAGCUUCGAGGAAACCAUCCACAGGUUAAAGGUGCAGGAUGCCUUGAGGAAAAAAGAGCGCUUCCACAAAGAACACGAAGAAAUUCUGAGAGACAUUCGACAGGGUCUAAUGCAGUUGGGAAGAGACGGUCGCGGUCAAAAUCCAGGAGAUGACACGUAUAUGUACGACGAGGAUGCGAGGUGCGGGGGCUCCAGUGGCCUUGGACCAGGACCCGGUGGACAGCACUGGUAUGACGAGCCACCUUACGAAUCUGAUCCUGAGGAUUUUCUCAUGGGAGCCAGUGGUGGACCUGUGCCCACAGCUACUAUUCAGAAUGGAAGGGUGUGCUUCACCCUAAACCUUCGACCAGAGAAUCGUGGCGAGGGUGUGAUAUCCCUUCGGACAGCCGGCGACAUAAGUCUCCCUCGUGAUCGUUCACGAAAAGCUGCCAUGUCGACAAUGAGAGGUCUCAUUGUCCCUCAGGGACACAACAAUCCGCCAACUAUCAUUCCACUCACGCAUUCCAGGGCAUCACGCGAGAGUGGUGAUUACGCCAGCAGUGACGUACAGAAUGUGAGCUCGAGACUGUCGACAGUGUCGGUGGACAGGAGCGAGAAGUUAAUGAUUGGUCAACUUCACCACUGUCCCCAGUACCAUCGUCAACGUCACCAAUCAACCAACAAUUACCAAUGCCACUUGUCGUCACCCCGUAGCAAUCAACGUCAUCCUGUAGCAACUACCUCAGCUAGUAUCACAAGUACUGCGGUCAAAUCGUCGAUAUCCAUUCCACACCGUAGCAAACACGACUACAGUCGGAGCAGCGGUGAGGAGGGGCUAUCACCAAGCCAAUCAAGUGAUUACGAGGACCAGGAGGAAUUAGAGAAUCAACACUCGGCAGCAAUUCAUACAUCAGAGGCCAGCGCUCUUCUGGAGGGCGAUGCGAGGGCUGGAAUAGCUGGAAGAGCAAGAAACUUGAGGCACGAUGUACAAAGGAAAAUUACGAGGCUCAGACAGGACAGAGCGUCCUCCGAGGCAUUUCCAUGUAGUGCGAGUAGUGUUGAGAGUCUACCCAGCGGUAGUGGAUCGAGUACACAGGCAUUGGUAAGAGCUGGUAGCAAUCACAGCUCGAUAUCCUGUGAGGAUAGGGAUGCGGCUAGUCCUACAUCCAUUGGACCUGUCCUUUGUCGAGCCAAAGCACUCGUGGAUUAUACACCGAGCCCCUAUGACAAGGAUGCCUUGAAAUUUAAGAAGGGCGACGUGAUUGAUGUAGUACAGAUGAAUACAAGUGGCCUCUGGAAAGGAGUGGUUCACAGUCGUAUUGGCCACUUCAAGUUUAUAAAUGUUGAGAUACUAAACGAACGAGUGCCUCGUCGUGGUGAGCCGGAGAGAGGUAAAUGGGGACAAAGAUAUAGACAAAAACCAGGUUCAGUUCAAGAGCUCUUACAGAGAAUGAAUCUUCAGGAGCACAUACCGGUGUUUGUUCUGAAUGGUUAUGAAGACCUGGAGCUGUUCAGAGAACUCGAGCCGGCGGAUCUUGAUUAUCUGCGUAUUCAUCAUCCGGAGCACAGGGCCAAGAUACUCACGGCCGUGCAAUUACUUCAUGAUCUUCAGUCCGGAAGUGAAGGUGAUUUGGCCUCGAGUUCCGAAGGCGACGAGAUGAACCGUCUCGCCCUGACGGGUCAAACCCCAGGUCACUGUUCACCCUUCAACCGCCGCCAAUUUCCCCGUGACUCUGGCUGCUACGACGCGCACAAAAAUCCACGACGAACAAUAAGCCCAGAAACCGGUAAACUAUCACGGGAGAACAAUCUCAAUUCAGCGGUGCAAAAGAGCAGCGAGGCAACGGUGCACGUCGACGCCAAAGAAGAUUAUCACCCGAACAUUCCAAAUUCCAGUGGUGGACUGAAGGAAGGACAAUUCGAAAAGUCACCGCAACUCCGUACAGCGACUGGUAACGUAAGAUUUAUUGCAAAACGGGGUAAUUUUGGUGAUACUGUGGUUAUUGGCGAUGAUGUUAGUCCUGGUAAAUUGGCAAUGUCUAAGUAUGGAGUUGGUGGUAGUAGUGAUCUUGGAAUUGGUUGCGAAACAGUUAAUGCAACGGCUAGUAUUAAUCAGCGGGGAUGUUUGAGCGAAAAGUCGAGUGAUUCUGGUGUUAGUUCGUCAAGUAUAAGUUCAGCACCACCACCUAGGGACAAAGUACUUGUAACAGCUGUUGUCGAUUCAUCAACCAAGACGUUUGGUAAUUUUGCCAGGGGCUCACCCACGUCACAAGGGUCGAGUAAACAGAAUGAUAGUAGUUAUCCGUAAAUACACCAGUUGAUUAAUUCUCUCGUAUUUGAAAUUGAAUACAGAAAUUGCAUAUUCUCACUUUCAUUUUUCGAGACGUCACGUUGCUCAGAUUAUUAUAUUUAGAGAUGUCCUCGAUUGAGGAAAAAUGGAUAGAAUUCCGACGUUGUGACGUCAAAAGUAAAAUUGAAUCUGAAGAAUAAUGUAAAUUUCCUAUUCACUCACGGUUUUCUCGAUUAUUUUCACAAAAUCCUUUUAUUUCAUGAAAAAUCGAACAGUCGUAUAAAUUCCAUUGCGUUGCGAUCGCGACUCUUGAGGAUAGAACUGGGUAUGAGGAUAUAAUGGAAAUAGAAAAGCCAUUUGAUGGGCAAUUUAUUUCUCCAUGCACUUGAAAUAUAUUCAGGAGAAAAAAAAUGACGUCCUUAUUUAACUUCAAAGAGAUAUGGUAAAUGUGGAGGAUCUUUGUAAAGCUCGUUGGAACGAGUAGAAAGGCCUAGGGUAUACCACUGACUCAGUGAGUUAUACUUGUGAUAGUAGAUCGAUUUAGGUAGGAUCGAAGGAUUAUUGCAAUAAAUUAAUGAGCAGAAAAUAUCAAGAGAUUUAAAAUACCAUCGAUAGACCAUUUGUCGGUCGCUUUAUUGUUCUUAUGUAUGAUUAUUUAAUAUUUACCGAACUCGAGACCAAUUUGAAUCAACUGACGAUUCAACAAUCACAACUGCCAAUAGAAACGCUCAAACUCAUUCUUUUAUACAUUUUUUAAUGACAAAAGUCACAACUUAUUGAUCUAGGAGAAUAACAUAUCUCGUGGUAAUUUAUUUAAAGAGUUUUUUGAUAUUGUUUUAUCUUUUUUGUACGUUGUAUUUGGUGAUCGCCAGCUGAACAGCUUGAAUUGUAUUGAGUACUGACGAUCGACAAUCUCAUGUUAUCGUUGUUACUAAUUGCAAUCAACGAUGACGGUGUACAUACUGUAUAUCAUCAACAAUAGCAAUUAAUCGUUGAAAGUUGAAUGUCAAGAACGGAGAGAAAAAUUAGAGGGAUCCGUGUAAAUAUCCAAUAACAAGAGGUGUAAAUGUUUUUUUUUUCAUUGGUUUCAACUCUGCCAAAUCUGACUAGAUUCUGUCUAAUAAAUUGACGGAAGACGAUGAAACAAAAAUGAGGAUAAUUACGUAGAUAUGUGGAUAUAUUAAUGAAUGCAAGUUUGAUCUUAUGUGUAUCUGUAUAGUGUAAUUUAUAACAGCAUGUAACGGUUGGACUCUGUAAAUAGACGAUGUACGAAUGAAAUUGACUUGGUUGAGUAAUCAAAGUCAAGAAUUAACGAGUUUCACUUAAUCGUUGCAUGUUUGCAUUUUUCCAUCAUUAUCGAGUUUCGUAGAGGUUAGUUUACACAGAUGUAAAUGCUUACCAACGACUCAAUCAAACGAUAAACUAGACCAGUGUCUAGUGACAAAGUCCCAAUGAGUGGUCAAUGAAAUGACGGGUACAGGGGACAAAUUGUUUUUUUUUUUUGAAUCACAAAUUGAAAACAAAUAUUGAUUUAUAUCUGGAUUAAGUUGACUGACAGGCUUCGGUGAUGUUGCUACAUAUAGAAUUUAUCCGUUCCAUCGAUCACAGAAAAUCGCAGUGUGUAGAGUUAAUUAAGGAAGAUGAAACUAAUUAAGAUGUUAAUCAGUGACGAGUUUAUGAGAUUACAAUUUAAUAAUCGAAAGAGAAAGAGAAUAGACACAAUAGUGAUUUUAUUAGCUCGACAACGAUGAUAUUGGAAGCGCCCAAGUAGUUCGGUGUGAAAUUCAUUUUUGUAGCAAUUACGAUUGGAGAAGAGAAGAAAUCAUUAAAAUACCUAUAACCCAUCAGAAUAUCAAUCGUUUGAAUGACUAAUGAAUUCUUCCUCAAUCAAAGACUUCGCAUCGGUUUUUUGAAAAAUUCUCUCAGAUAUGACGAACGAUUGGUGUCAAAUGAAAUUAAAUGACGGAACACUCAUUUAGAUUUUAGCGAUCUAGUCCAUAAUUGCAAAUUAAAUGAAAUUUUUGUAAAUAAUGAGCAGAGCAAAAAUAAAAAAAAAUAACGAAACAAUAAGAGAAGAAUGAAACAUUUUUUAGCUGCGCCAGUGUGUGCGUUACUUUUUAUAUGAUCCGAUUUAUUGAUUCAUUGCGGGACUAGUUACGGAAUCUUAAAUAAGAGCGACAAUGAGCAGUGAAAAAAAAAAUUAAAAAUACAAGUCUUAAGUCUUUGUAAUGAAUUCGAUCAUUGUUAAUUUAUUGACUGUGAAUAGAAAAAUAAAGAAUGGAAGAAUAAAAAUGAAA